UUUCACAAUUUUGUCCAAUCGAGAAAUGGGGAAUGUUUUUGUUUCGUCUCCGUUUAAUCAAUUGAGUCAACGCAUGAUCUCGGUCAACAACGAGAUUCGAAGAUUGAAUGAACUAGAAGCGAGGUCCGGCCGCAACUUUCCAGGCUCCGAUCACCGCCCGAUUGACCGAAGAAACUGGAUAUCCGGCCUUGACCCGGAGAAGGUCCACCUGAACCAGAUUGUCUGGCCCGGAACCCAUAAUUCCGGCUCCAACCAGAUAGGAGACAUCUUUACUCGACCAUUCGGUGAGUGCCAAUCUCUGUCCAUUUAUGACCAAUUAGUACUCGGUACUCGACUUCUCGAUGUUCGGGUCAACCAAAACCGCAACAUUUGUCACGGGCCACUUGUAAGUUACAAUGUUGACGUCGUGAUAAACGACAUCAGAAGGUUUCUUUCAGAAACAAGAUCGGAAAUAAUAAUUCUUGAGAUCCGAACUGAGUUCGAGCACUCUGACCCACCCGAAUUCCAGAAUUACCUGGAGCAGCAACUUGGGGAAUACUUGAUCCAUCAAGAUGAUCAAGUGUUUCACAAGACCGUGGCGGAGAUUCUUCCCAAACGAAUCAUAUGCAUCUGGAAGCCUCGAAAUACUGACCCUCCAAAACAGCGUAGCCCGUUUUGGAGUUCGGGCUAUUUGCAAGAUGAUUGGAUCAACACGAAUUUACCCGCGACAAAAUUCGAGGGUAAUUUGCAAAAUCUGAGUCAGCAACCCCCGGUGAGUUCCCGUGGGUACUUUUACCGGGUGGAGAAUACUCUGACAAUACAGGAUGUUCCGUUUGAAGACGUGCCCACGGUUACAUCCUGGAUUACUGGUUUCAGAAGGUUGUUCAUUGCACAAUGUUUUUCCAGAGGUAUCGCAAACCGGUUGCAGGUGUUUUCCACGGAUUAUAUUGAUGAAGACUUUGUUGAUGCCUGUGUUGGUCUUACGUUGGCUAGGAUCCAAGGGAGAGCUUGAGUUUGCAAAUUGUAAGUUGUAACCGCUGACAAUAUAGCGAACGGAACCGGUUGCAUUCUUGUUGUAUGUUUGAUAUUUGCUAACUUAUUUACGUAUAGAGUCAAAGAUUUGAGGUGGUUAUUUCAUGUAUGUUUUGACUUUAUCAAGUUGAGUCUGUAUUUUGUUUUGUUAAUUUUAUGAAGGAAAAAAAAAAUAAAACAGAAAAUUGCUCCAA